AUGAAGCAAUUCCUCGCUCCAUCCACUCUUCUCCUUGUGGUUUUGCUCUUCCCAGAUACAGAACCAGGAUUCAAAGUUGUCAGGUGCAUAAAAGGCGAUGGCAAAUGUCAAAAAUUUUGUAAUUACAUGGAAUUCCAAUUAGGAUAUUGCUCUAAAAAAAAAGAUGCCUGCUGCUUACCUUUGAACUGA